GUGCUUGUCUUACCUGUAUUCUGUACCUGCGUGUUGUUUUUAUGGGACUUGGCAGCCAGUCCAACUGCAGGUUUCGGUUUAGAUGCAGGUGCUGUGAAGAGAUUGGUAGGCUGUGGGCCAACACAGACGUAUUCGAUAAGAAGAAACUGAUUUAGCUGGGAGAAGAAAGUGAAAGUAUCCCAAAUAAGGGACACCGGCGACAUUACUGCCUUUUCAGACGGUUUAGAAAUGAUUUAUUGUUAUUUCCUCGCCGUUUGGAUCCUUACCUCCUCGGCAGUUUCUGGGCAAUCAACACAAUAUGGACUUGUGGGUGAGACAGUCACCUUCAGGACAGAUUUCACAGACCCACCUGAUGACAUUCUGUGGAAACAUAAUGGGAAUAAAGUGGUACAAUUUGAUGGCAAUGAGCAAACUGAAUACAACCCAUUUCAAAAGAGGAUCACUCUCGACUGGCACUCUGCAGACCUGGAAAUCAACCACCUGACACAUAGUGACAGUGGACAAUAUGAACUGGAUGCAGCAAAGAAAGAUGGUUUGAAUCGUCUUAACUUUGAAUUGAAGGUCUUAGACAGAGUAACCAAGCCCACCAUAACCUGUAACAUGAGUGAUGGCAGCAGCUCUGACAAAUCUGGAAGUGAAGCCACACUGAUGUGUUCUGCAAAAACAUCACAAUCCUUAAACUACGAGUGGAGCCAACCUGGAAAAAUUCAGCCUGGCCAGAUAUUAACAAUAACACUAGGGACAGAACAUGACGAUAAAGUAUACAGCUGUACUGCAAGCAACCGUUUGUCCAAAGAAAUAGCUACAUUCACUGCAAAGGAUUGCUACCCUGUUGGAGCCUCAGCUGGACUGAUUACUGGACUGGUUAUUGGCGGGAUAGUAAUACUCUUGUGUGUUUUGGGUGCAGUGUUCUGUGCAGUAAAGCAUAAAGCAUGCUUUGCAAAAAAGGAGAAAACAGACAUGGAACAACAGCCACAUAGUAAGCCUCUUCUUCAAAGAGAAGAAACAAUACCCUCUUCCCAACCGCUUCGCCAUUUGGCAGAAAUUGUAAAGAAUCACAAUUUUGAUCACAAUGAUGAAAAACACAACGAGUUGGACCUGGGCACUAGAGAAAGUAAAGUAGAGAAGAUUGUUAAAAAAAUUGAACAAGGAGGUACAGUGUCAGAGGGACAAGAAUAUGAGGAAGCAAAGAAUUUUAUUAAUUAUGGUGAUGGUGCUUCUGCAGCCCAGCCAAGUUCUCCUUUGAUCAACAAGGAAGCUGUUGUUGGGAAAGAUGUCAACUCUGGAAAAAAGAAAGAAAAUGAAUCAGAUGACAUGAAGAAAGAACCACCGACCAUUCCUGAAAAAACAGUUAAGGAUAAAAUUAAGGAAAUUGAGAAAAAGCAACAAGCAGAAAAAAACAAAGAUGGACCUCAUGUGGUCACAAGAAAUCCUUCUUUUUAAACGAUAAAGGACAACUGGAUAAGAAAGUCAAGAGUAGUCAAUUGGAAGAACGUACUGAGGCCACACAGCCUGAUCUGCAAACACAGAUUACUUCUAAAGGACCAGAAUCAGAGAAAAUGGAGGAUGAAGAAGCAAAGUCUGCUGAUGAAAGUUCGACCCAGAUCAUACCGCACAAGCCACCUGCUGAAGAAAAAAAAAGCAAGAUGUAAUCUCAGAUCAG